AUGGCACCUUCCAAAACCCCCGACUUCCCCGAGGAGGUAUGGCGUCUAAUCAUCCAACACGGAGUUACCAUAACGGCAACCUCAGAUUACCGCACAUGGGACUGCUACCACUCCGACGAGGUAAACGACCAGCUCCGCUACGAUCCAACCACCCAGUUCAACCACCAGCGCUUGAGGAGGGACUACAACGCCAUGCUCAACCUCUCGCAGACAUGCCGUUUUUUUCACGACCUUGUCGCCGACGAGCUAUACCAGUACAUCGUGCUCUGCGACGACCACGGCAUCAAGCGUGAAAAGUUAGCACUCUUGUUACGAACCUUGCUUGAGCGCCCCGAGAUCCGCGACCGGGUCAAGCAUAUCACGAUGGUACCCUGGUUUGGUGGAAAUGAGCCAGAGCCGUGCGCAACCGCCCUUCGGCUGAUGGGGAGGGGGGCACGACCUGUUGAUUACCAACAGGCCUUUACCUUUUUGAAAGGAAAGGAUAUCAAGAAAAUGGAUAUGCAAGCCCAGGGCAUCAUCGACACCGCUGGUCUUGAGCUCGCCAACCUGCCCAUUAAUCGUAGGGUAAAGAAGUCGACAGCGUGGCUUGAGAGGGCGCUUGCCGCGUUGGUCUGCCUAUCGACUGGCCUUCGAAGCCUGUCGAUUCAGGAUCCUCCCCCAGCAUCUGGCUGGAAAUCGGCGUGGAUGUGGUCGUUCGAUGUAGACGGGUUCGAACGCGUCAUUCGUAAUAUCCGGGAUCUCCCUACUUCACAGGGAAAGAUUUUUCAGAAGCUGGAAGCGGUUUCCGUCUUGACGACAAGGUCCAAAAACGAUUCCAAGGAGGCGUUCACCGUCUAUUCCUCUCCGCGCCUGACUGGCUUUCAAGCGCUUGGGUUCCUCAGCAUGAAGGACUGGCAUCGCUUGGCUGACUUCCGGUCAAUUUUGGUCCACCUGGAUAUCGGUCACCUCUACCCACAGUUGUUCCAUGUUAGAUGGAUUGGCCUCGACAAGCCCAACCCGGCUCGGGCCCGCGAAGCCGCGCAGUUUAGACGUAUUUUGUCGACAUUCAAUCGACUCAAAUUUCUACGAAUCUCUUAUACUCUCCUUAUCGGCCACCUGGAAGAGGAGACCAAGAGAUUUGGAGACAUGAUAUCCGAACUCCUUCCUCAGUCCGUCGAAGAUUUCCAGAUAGCGGUCUUUAACCACGGGGUAGAUACCUGGAUUGAGCGACCAAACAUCGACAUGUCCGUCAAGUGUUUUUUCCAGGGUCUUGGGUCAUGGACAUGGGAGCUGGAGCAGAAAGGAUACUGGUUUAACUUUCGCGCCACACACCGUGAUCUCCGGAAAUUUGGUAUAUUGGUCCACCAGAAGGGCAAUUCCCGGGACCAAUCCGAAUUCUGGAUAACUAGACGGUCGAUCAACUUGAAGAGGCUCCGGACAUGGCUAGCUUCAGGGGAUAACUAUAUGGAUCCCAGCGAACCAUACCACGCGUAUCUCGAAUAUGUCGGGUAUCCCAGUGAUCGCGAGGAUGACGAGGAAGAUGCGACGGAUAACGCUACGUACGAUGGCUAUUGCCCCCGUGGAACUCUACAAACCCUACAGGCCCAAUUGGAGCAACUAGGGGUGGACUUCCAGGUUUCUACCUUCCAACCUCCGAUGUUUCGUAGAGGUAGUGACGAAUUGCCUGGCGGGUCGGAGGGAUAUGUGCGCCGGCUCAUAUGA